AUGAAGCCCAUCAAGAGGGGAUAUAAAGUGUGGUGUCUUGCUGAUAAUGCUGGCUAUGUUUUCAAGUUUGAUAUAUACACUGGAAAAGGAGAAAAUAAUGAUCCUAACAUGAGGAAAGAAUUUGGAUUAGGUGGAGAGAUAGUUCCCAAACUGACUAAACAUCUCCAUAACAAAAACCACAAACUUUUCUUUGAUAAUUACUUUUUCUCUUUUCCCCUCCUGGAAGUCUUGCAGGGCCUCAAGAUUCAAGCCUGUGGAACUGUGAGACAGACAAGAAAGGAUUUUCCUAUCCUGGCAGGUGACAAGGAACUAAAAAGAGGACAGUUUGAUUAUAGGUCCACACCCAAUGGCCUAACUCUUUAUAAAUGGAUGGACAAGAAAGCAGUACUCAUGGCAUCCAACUACCGUAGAAUUAAAGCCACAACUGUGAAGAGGACAGAAAAAGACGGAAAGAAGGCAAUAGUCCCUUGCCCACAAGUAGUGAAGGACUAUAAUGACAACAUGGGUGGUGUAGAUAAGCAUGAUAUGCUUCGACAACUUUACGGUACAAACAGGAAGAGCAUGAAAUGGUGGCACAGAAUCUUUUGGGGUCUUCUAGAUAUGUGCAUCGUCAAUGCUUAUGUUGUGUACAAGGAAAGUCAUGGAUCUCUUCCACUCCUAGACUUUCGAAGAGACCUAGCCCAAGGACUUCUAACAUAUUCAAAGGAACGUUCUUCUAGAGGAGCCCCCAAGCGUAGAAAAACUGACUACAGUAUACCUCCAUCUGUUAGGCUCAGCAACACUGGCAUUCACUGGCCAAAAUUCAUAGGGAAAAAAGGAAGGUGUGAGGUAUGCUCCAAGAAAGGGAUUGAAUCACGCCCAAUAUCAAUCUGUAGUCACUGCGGGAUACAUCUCUGUUGCAAUGCAACAAAAAAUUGCUUCUAUGAAUUUCACACCUAA